UUCUUGUCUAUCAACAUGAAGAAUGUCCUGCAUUGGAAUCCACCCGAGGGUCUACAUGGAGCUGAAGUCACAUACACUGUACAAUAUUUCAUAUAUGGGCAGAAGAAAUGGCUGAGUGCCUCUAAAUGCCGAAGUAUCAGCAGGACCUACUGUGAUCUUUCUGUUGAGACCUCAAACUAUGAACACCAGUUCUACGCCAGAGUGAAGGCCAUUUGGGAAACCAGGUGCUCUGAAUGGGCCGAGACGGAACGCUUCUAUCCUUUCUUGGAAACUCAAGUCAGCCCACCUGAGGUUGCCCUGACAACUGGCGAGAAGUCCAUCUCUAUUGCCCUGACAGCACCAGAGAAGUGGAAAAGAAAUCCACAAGACCACGCUGUUUCUAUGCAACAAAUAUACCCCAAUCUGAAGUACAACGUGUCUGUGUAUAACACAAAGUCAAGAAGAAUGUGGUCCCAGUGUGUCACCAACAGCACACUGGAGCUCAGCUGGCUGGAGCCCAGCACCCUGUACUGUGUCCAUGUGGAGUCCCUUGUCCCGGGGCCCCCUCGCCUCCCUCUGCCUUCUAAGAAGCAAUGCAUCAGUACUUUAGAAGUUCAGACAUCAUCACGGAAGGUUAAAGUCAUCUUCUGGUAUGUCUUGCCCACAUCCAUUAUUGUGUUUCUUUUCUCUGCAAUCGGCUACUCGGUUUGCCGGUACAUCCAUGUGGGCAAAGAAAAACACCCAGCGAAUUUGGUACUGAUUUACAGAAAUGAAAUUGGCAAAAGAGUCUUUGAGCCUACCGAGAAAAUCACACUUAAUUUUAUCACCCUCGACAUGUUGGAUGAUUCUAAACGUUCUCAAAAGGAGAUGGAUUUACCGGACAAAGGCAGGGAUAACGUCAGCAUUAAUGACCCUGAGCUCUGUGAGAGCUGGGAGCCUCACCGGGAGGAGGUGGAGGGACAACAUUUAGGGUACUCUUCCCAUUUGAUGGACAUUGUCUGUGGUGCUGAGCAAAGAGACGGAGACAUCUCCCUAAGCCAGCACGAAGGGCUUAGCAUCACAGGAAAGGCAGACACUGAGCCUCUAUACAAAGUCCUAACUGACUUCUAUGGGGAGGGUGAAAUCCAGAAGUUCUGUGGGCCAGAAGAGGCAGCCAGACCAGAGAGAUUAUCUGAGCCACAGGUGACUUCAGCAAACUUGGACCCACAGCUUGAAGACCUACAUAACCUGGGGCAGGAGCAUCCUGGCUCAGAAGACGGGCCAGAGGAAGAGACAUCUACAACAAUAGUGGAUUGGGACCCUCAGACUGGCAGGCUGUGUAUCCCUUCUUUACUUAUCUUUGACCAUGAUCCUGAGAACUACGGGCAUUAUGAGAGAGACCCACUCUUAGAAGGUGGCCUUUUGUCUAGACUCUAUGAGAACCAGGAGCCUGACCAGUCAGAGGAAGAAAAUGAAAGCUAUCUCACACAACUUAAGGAGGAAUGGGGGUUACAUGUACAAAUGGAAAGCUAACGCCAGGCUUUCUGACAGUCAACAAGUGAAGGAACCACUCUAGGGAGUGAGCAGUGUUCAGAUUAUCCAGUGCCGGUAAGACGCUGCUUUCUCUGUUCACACACUUGGUUGGCCCUGCCUCCUCCACGUGGCUGGCUUCCCCACAACCUUCUUCCCGAUCCACAGAAAGUCCUGGAGGAACUUUCUGAAAUUCAGAGCCCUGAGCUUUGUUGUAGACAGAGUAAAAUUUGCA